UGCUUUUUCUACUGCCUCUGGUUUUCCAUACAAACAAAACCAGUGUCUGUGUUUUCCACUGCCUAUAUCCCAUACUAUAUAUUAACAACAGCCUUCGCCCCAUUCAUUAUUCAUCUUCAACUCAUCAAUAUUCUCCAUAAACACAUCAAACUUUCUCACUACCUUGUUCUUACACACACACACACAGAAAAAAGGAGACUUUUAGCAUCGCUACUUUCAGUUGUUCAAGAGUCGAGAAUGAGUUCUACAAGUCGUGCUUGGACUUGGACCGUGGCAGCAAGUGUUGGAGUGGUGGAGGCCUUGAAGGACCAGGGCAUCUGCAGGUGGAACAGUGUUUUGAGAUCAGCACAGCAACAUGCUAAACAUAAUAUGAGAUCUUUGUCUCACACCAAGAAGCUUUCUUCUCAAUCAGCUGCCAUGGCUUCUGCGAAAUUCAAAGAUGAGAAAGCCAAGCAAUCAGAAGAGUCUUUGAGAACCGUCAUGUACUUGAGUUGCUGGGGUCCCAACUAAACAAAGAAUCAUGGGUUCUAUGCAAUUCUGGAUUUCCUUUCCCUUUUCUUCGAUCAUGAAGCGAAGGAAGAUAAAGAAAUGGAUCCAGAGUGUCAUCCAACAUGCUAUAUAUGCUUGCUUGAACUCAGCAUCUGUAUAGUAUGAAGCAUGCCAUUUAACUUGCUUCCUUGGAGAAAUGCGGAUUGAAUUUUGAAGACUGAAGCAAUGGCUUCUAAUUCGUGGCAAUAGCCUAAAUUCGGUGGAUCGAACCAUCAUUAAAUUAAAUGAGCACUUGUGACAGAACUAUGAAUGUAUAUAGAUUAAAGUGGGUCGAUUUUGCAAACUAAUAAUAAGAAAAAUGAAGUUGUUCUGCAACUAUUUACUAA